CAGCGGCAGAAUAGGCAGAAGCCUCCGCUGACAACUGGGUCCUGUCUUCGAGAAGCCACGCAGUGCCUAGGGGGCGCGCGGCCCAAAGGCCCCUCAAGCUCAAGGUCCCGAGGCCUCCUGGGAAUGGUAGUUCACAGUCUCCGGGUGCGCAGGCGCAGUUCUCACAACUUCUGGCUGGGCGCCGGCGGGAGCAAGCGCGCAUGCGCCGUGCAGCACAGCUGUAGGGCCGUGGUAGCCACACCCAAGUGCUGUGAGGAGAAUUCCCCCUCCUCUGGAUCUCUGCAGUGACUCAUCCGUCUUUCCUCCUCGGCUCUGCUUUCCUGCACUUCCCCAAGAUAAGUACCAAGAGGUGGGGCAAGGGCAGGAAGAAAUGCCUCUUGAGCUCUGGACAUCUGCUUACCAGGAAUCAGUGAGCUUCAAGGAUGUGUCUGUGGACUUCACCCCAGAGGAGUGGAGCCGCCUGGACCCUGCCCAGAGGGCCCUGUACAGGGAGGUGAUGCUGGAGACCUUGAAGAACCUCAUCUCCCUGGGGCUCCCAGUGAAGCCGGAUGUGAUCUCCCGGUUGGAGAGAGGAGAAGCUCCCUGGAUGCUGGAGGGGGCGGUCCCAGGAGAGCCUGGCCCAGGUUCAUUUCAUGAGGAAAGAUGUGAAACCAAAGACUCUGCUCCAAAACAGGACAUUCUCAUGAGAACAUCCGCAAAGGAGAAGCUGCGAAAGCAAGGAACUUAUACCACAGAGAAAUCCAAUAAAUGGAAUGAAUAUGAGAAAGCCUUUAGCCAGAAUGCCCUCUUUAUGUAUCAUGAGAGAAUUCUUCCAGGUGAAAAAUCCUGUAAAAUUAAAGAAUGUGGGAAAGCUUUUUGUCAUUUGAGAAGCCCUACUGACUGUAAGAGAAUCUAUGCUCAAAAGAAACUCCAUCCUUCUAAUGAAUGUGAGAAAUUUUUUACUCUACAUCAGAGAGUUAGCUUUGCAAAGGAGUCCUUUUAUUGUAAUGAAUGUGGUAAAGCCUUUAGAUGGAGGUGUAAGCUCACUGCACAUCAGAGAAUUCACACCGGAGAGAAACCCUUUGAAUGUAAUGAAUGUGGAAGAGCUUUCCGUGACAAAUCUUACCUUAUACUACAUCAGAGAAUCCAUACUGGAGAGAAACCCUUUGAGUGUAGCGAAUGUGCAAAAACUUUCAGCCUGAAAUCAUCCCUUAUUUUACAUCAGAAAAUUCACACUGGAAAGAAGCUCUUUGAAUGUAAUGAAUGCAGAAAAGCCUUCCAUUACAAAUCUUGCCUUACUCUCCAUCAGAGAAUUCAUACCAGAGAGAAACCCUUUGAGUGUAAUGAAUGUGGGAAAGCCUUCAUGUGGAAGAGCCAACUUAAUAAACACAAGAAAAUUCACAUUGGUGAGAAACCCUUUGAAUCUGAUAAUUCUGUAAAAGCUUUCAGCCUGACGAGAAUCCUUGCUGAACAUGAGAGAAUUCAUGUGGAAGAGAAACGAUUUGAAUGUAAUGAAUGUGACAAAUCCUUUAGGUGGAGGUGUAAACUUACUGCACAUCAGAGAAUUCAUACUGGAGAGAAACCCUUUGAAUGUAAUGAAUGUAGGAAAGCCUUCCGUGAGAAAUCUUGCCUUACUCUACACCAGAGAAUUCAUACUGGAGAGCAACCUUUUGAAUGUGAUGAAUGUGGAAAAAACUUUAGCCAGAGAUCAUCACUUAUUUCACAUCAGAGAAUUCAUACUGGAGAAAAACCCUUUGAGUGUAAUGAAUGUGGAAAAGCCUUUAUGUGGAAGAGUCAGUUUAAUAAACACAAGAAGAUUCCAAGUGGAAAGAAGUCUUUUGAAUGUAAUGUGUGCAGGAAAGUCUUCCAUGAUAAAUCUUACUUUAUAAUACAUCAGAGAAUUCAUACUGGAGAAAAGCCCUUUGAGUGUACCGAAUGUGGGAAAAACUUUAGCCAAAGGUCUUCACUCAUUUCACAUCAGAGAAAUCAUAUUACAAAGAAACCCUUUGAAUGUAAUGACUGUAGGAAAGCCUUUCGUGACAAGUCUCACCUUACUGUACAUCAGAGAAUUCAUACUGGAGAAAAACCCUUUGAGUGUAAUGAAUGUGGGAAAACUUUUAGCCAAAGGUCAUCACUUAGUUCACACCAGAGAAUUCACACUGGAGAGAAGCCCUUUGAGUGUAAUGAUUGUGGGAAAGCCUUUCGGGAUAAAUCUCAUCUUACUGUACACCAGAGAAUUCAUACUGGAGAGAAACCCUUUGAGUGUAAGGAAUGCGGGAAAAAUUUCAGCUUGAGGUCAUCACUUAGUUCACACCAGAGAAUUCACACUGGAAAGAAACCUUUUGAAUGCAAUGAAUGCAUGAAAGCCUUCCGAGACAAAUUUCACCUAAUUGAACAUCAGAGAAUUCAUACAGGAGAGAAACCCUUUCAAUGUGUUGAAUGUGGCAAAACCUUCCACAACAAAUACCAGCUUUCUGUACAUCAGAGCACUCAUACUGGACAGAAACCUUUUGUAUGUCUUGAAUGUAGGAAAACCUUUAUGUCAAAGAGUCAACUUAAUAAACAUGAGAGAAUUCACACUGGUGAAAAACCCUUUGAAUGUGACAAUUGUAGGAAAGCCUUCACCCGAAAGGACCACCUUACUGAACAUCAGAGGAUUCAUACUGGAGAGAAACCCUUUGAGUGUACUGAAUGUGGGAAAAACUUCAGCCAAAGGAAAUCACUUACUUUCCAUCAGAAAAUUCAUUCUGGAGAAAAACCCUUUGAGUGUCCUGAAUGUGGGAAAAAUUUCAAUUAUAAGAAGUCAUUUCUUUUCCAUCAGAGAACUCACACUGGAGAAAAACCCUUUCGGUGUAAUGAUUGUGAAAAAGCCUUCCACAACAAAUCUCAGCUUACUGUACAUAAGAGAAUUCAUACUGGGGACAAAUCCUUAGAGUGUAAUGAAUGUAGAAAAUCCUUCUAUAACAAAUCUCAGCUUGUUGUUCAUCAAAGAAUUCAUACUGGAGAGAAACCCUUUGAGUGUCAUGAAUGUGGGAAAGCAUUCUACAAUAAAUCUCAGCUUACUGUACAUCAGAGAAUUCACACUGGAGAGAAACCCUUUAAGUGUAAUGAAUGUGAAAAGGCCUUCCAUCACAAAUCUCAGCUUAAUGUGCAUCAAAGAACUCAUACUGGAGAGAAACCCUUUGAGUGUGAUGAAUGUGGUAAAGCUUUCCACAACAGAUCUCAGCUUAUUAUACACCAGAGAAUCCACACUGGAGAGAAACCAUAUGAGUGUAAUGAAUGUGGGAAAAGCUUUAGCCAUAGAAAAUCAUUUGUUUUCCAUUUGAGAAUUCAUACUGGAGAGAAACCUUAUGAAUGUAAUGAAUGUGGGAAAGCUUUUUACAGCAAGUCUCACCUUACUGUACAUCAGAGAAUUCAUACUGGAGAGAAACCCUAUGAGUGUAAUGAAUGUGGGAAAAAAUUUAGUCUGCGGUCAUCACUCAUUAAGCACCAGAGGAUUCACACUGGAGAAAAACCUUUUGAGUGUAAUGAAUGUGGGAAAAACUUCAGCCGGAGGUCAUCACUUAUUUCACACCAGAGGAUUCAUACUGGAGAAAAACCCUUUGAGUGUAAUGAAUGUGGAAAAAACUUCAACCAGAGGUCAUCAAUGGUUUUACAUCAGAGAACUCAUACUGGAGAGAAACCCUUUGAGUGCAAUGAAUGUGGGAAAAAUUUCACCCGGAGGUCAUUACUUAGCAAACACAAAAGCAUUCAUACAGAAGAGGAACCUAGUUAAUAUGAUAAAUGUAGGAAAGCUUUGCCAUGCAGAAUUAAUAAAUAAAAAUUCACGCCGGAGGGUAAGCUUGAAACAAUUGAAAUAUAUAGUUUGUGCUUGACUUGUUAUCAGAGACCUCAUAUUUGAGAGUAACUACAUAGAAGCAAUGAAUGCAAAAAAGCCUUCAGCCAAAAAGGACACUUUACUGAACACCAGAGAAUGUGCAGUGAGAAAUUCCAUAAAGUGUAAUAAAAUGCAAGAAAGUCUUUGGCAUUAAUGGAGCACUUAGGAAGGCACAGAAAAUUAAGGCAAAAGAAAGUUAUGAAUACUAUAACCAUGAAAAGAUCUUCAUUGUAUAUAUUUCAUCCCUUAUUUAAUAUCAUAGACUUCAUGCUGGAGAUGAACUGCAGCAAUGUAAUAAUGACAAGAGUAUCAUAACAGCUUGCUGUUUGUUUAAUGCUGGAGAGUCAAGAUUGCUGACUUGAUUACCAGCCACACUAUUUCAUGGUGUUUUGAGAGGGGCAAAUAACAAUUUCCUUUGUUUCUCCUGAGCUCCAUGCAGUUCACAUUGGUUGCCAUUAGGUGGCAAUAAGAGUUGUACUGAUCAGUGCAUCAAAUUAUGGUAGUGUGUCAGAUCUCAAUUAGACUAUCGUCUAAAAAACAUCCCUUCUAUUUUUAACUCCCACUGAUAAGUUGCAGGCAUUCGGAUGCAUAAGAAACCUCAGCCCAAAAGGUGUGUAUUUUGUUUUUAAAACAGUCACAAGAAACAUCCAAGAAA